AAGGCUUGGCCGGGAAAGAAACAUUUUUAGGGAUGUGAUGGGCAUGCAAUGGCCCCACACUGUCAUGCUUCAGGUUCUGCAGCAGUUUCAGAAGACAGCUCCCAUCGGCAGACAACCAGUUCGGUGUGGGGAAGUCCACCGUUGGGGUCAUCAUGGAGGCCAUCAAACUCCAUCCUGCUGAGCAGGGUCAUCCACCUUGGAGACCUGGACCUGAUGGUGGCUGGAUUUGCUGCCUUUGGCUUCCCGAACUGCAGAAGAGCAAUCAAUGGGACCCACAUCCCGAACCGUGCACCACAGCAUCAAGCCACCCAGUACAUGAGCAGGAAGGGAUAUUUCUCCAUGGUGCUGAAGGUCCUUGUCAACCACUGGGGACAGUUUUCAGACAUUUUUGUAGGGUGGUCGGGCUGGGCACAUGAUGCCUGCAUAUUUAGGAACUCUAGCCUGUACCACAAACUGGAGGCUGGAACAUUCUUCCCCCAGGGGCACUUUCACGUGGGGGACUUACAGAUGUCACUCUGUAUCAUUGGCAAUGCUGCAUACCCACUCAUGCCGUGACUCAUAAAGCCCUACACUGGCCACCUGGACCGCACAAUUCAACACGCACCUGAACCAGACCUGAAUGUAGGUGGAAUGCGCCUUUGGGUGCCUCAAGGCCAGGUUCAGGUGCCUUCUGACGUGUCAACAUGGGGUAGCACAACAUCCCUGAGGUGGUCUCUGCGUAUUGCGUGCGCCACAACCUAGUGGAGGGCAAAGGGGAGACCUUCCUCCCAGGGUGGGGAACAGAGGCUGGUUGCAAGGGAAGGGUUUUUGACCAGCCGUGGACAGCUGCCUUCCACCAGGCCCAUCAGACCAGGGAAGAGCCCAGUAACUCUCCCCAGGGCCUCCCCAAUGGGGGCUUGUGCCUUGCCCCCCUUAUACUUUUCCCAUCACAACUCCUC